AUACGCUGUGCAUUGCGGUAUCAAGCGCCUAGGGCAGGGCCUGCAAAAAAACAGCAAGAACUAAAUAUUGGUCGUUGAAAUGAAUGGAUGGAUGAGGUCCACCCAGCGCUGGGUCGUGGGAUCACACAGCCUUCAACCAACUCCUAGCUAGAACUCAGGAGCCACGGGUUGGGGCGUGCCCCCGAGUCCCCGCCCUUCUUGGCACGCCCCCAGUCCCAGCGCCUGCCGCCGCUGCAGUGGGCGCGAUGGGGCAACCUGCUGUUCGGUUGGUGUGGCUGGGUCGCGUGCGGUACACCGAGCUGCUGGCAGUGCAGGACCGCUGGCUGCGGCAGCUGCAAGCCGGGCCAGGCACCGAGGCUCUGUCUGGGACUGAGGCGGGCGCGCUGCUGCUCUGCGAGCCCGUGGGGCCCAUGUAUACAACCGGGCUGCGUGGCGGCCUGACACCGAAGGAAACUGCACGGCUGCGGACCUUGGGCGCCGAAGUGUGCGCCACAGGCCGCGGUGGCCUGGCUACCUUUCACGGCCCAGGCCAGCUACUCUGCCACCCAGUGCUCGACCUGCGGCGCCUCGGCCUGCGCCUGCGCACGCACGUGGCGGCGCUAGAGGCGUGCGCUGUACGCCUGUGCGAGUUCCUGGGGCUGCUGGACGCCCGCGCGCGGCCCCCGCCCUACACCGGUGUCUGGCUGGAAGAGCGAAAGAUCUGUGCCAUCGGAGUCCGCUGUGGAAGACACAUCACAUCCCACGGACUGGCUCUGAACUGCUCUACAGACCUCACGUGGUUUGAGCACAUUGUACCCUGUGGCUUGGUGGGGACAGGCGUAACUUCCCUGAGUAAGGAGCUCCAGAGACACAUCACUGUGGAUGAAGUAAUGCCACCUUUCCUUGUGGCCUUUAAGGAGAUCUACAAGUGCACAUUGAUCUCUGAGGACAGCUGUAGCUGAAGAGCCUUAGUGUUGUCACAACCGGAGUGGUCCCAUGUUGGGAAGCACCAAGUCUGACUUGAGUCACCCAACCAAACCCAGGUUCUAGACUUGGCCUGUGGCCAUGAGACUAACAGAAAAUCCUAAGCUCUGAGCCAGUGUUUUCAUAUGUAUCCUGGUUCAUUUAUAUCAUCCCCACCUACCUCAGAGAUAGUAGAUGUGAAAACACUAUGAAAAGCAACACAUGCUGUAUAAAACACUAGCUCUACUAUUAACAUCAAUGUCUCAGCUUAGA